GAUGCAUACCAAAGACUGGAAUUUGGAUUCAUUCUCAACUCAUGGCUGUCCGUGGAACCAUUCUUUCUUAUGAAUGGACUGAUAGCAAGCUAUACUGUUCUGAAAGUACUACCAGUUUUAAAAGGAAAAAUAAAUGUUCCUCUAUAUAUUUUGAGGAAAUAUUUCAAAAUUUUGAUGCUAUUGCUGCUAACCAUUGGAUUGGCCUUUUUUAUGCCAGUUGUUAGUUCGGGACCUUUUUGGUACGAUGUAGUAGAUAAAGAGCUUUCAAACUGCCGUAGCAAUUGGUGGUUCGGACUCUUGUUUAUCAGCAACUGGAUAAGUAUGCAAAAAAUAUGUUUAAGCACAGUGUCUUGGUUUAUUUCAACGGAUUUACAACUGCAUUCUUCUUCAAUAAUUCCUCUCUACAUUUUAUAUAAAUCGAGAAAUAUUGGCGUUUCUUUUGUCAUAUGUAUCAUCAUUGCGAGUAAUAUGGCCAUUGCUGGAACAACAUUCAAAUAUGAUCUACUGCCUUUUAUCCAAAUGUCAUGUGGCGAUAAUCAGAAGAUUCAAGAUACGAUAGAUUAUGUGCAUUUAAGACCUUACACUCAUGCGGGUCCUUAUUACGUUGGAGUUCUCUUAGGAGUCGUUAUUUUAGAUUAUAACACGAUUAAGCUCAGCUUGACGCAUAAUAUGAUGGGAUGGAUAUGUUCCAUUCUAUUGGCAGUCACGGCGCUGUAUGGUGGCCAUAACUGGAACGUCGGAAAUCCUGAAGGUCCUUUGGUAACUGCUUUAUUUGCUGCCAUGCAUCGAACCACAUUUGCAUUAGCAGUGGCGUGGGUAGCUUUUGUCUGCAUUACAGAGAACGGAGGACCAGUGAACAUGUUAUUGUCUUCAUCCAUGCUUGCACCAGCCGGUAAACUCACAUACAUGAUCUUCAUGUUGCAUAGUCUUAUUUUCUGGGUCCGGAAAGCUUCUGUACGAGAGCGGAUAUUCGUCAGCCAUUAUAAUUUGAUUUAUGAAUAUAUCGGAAAUAUCGCUUUCACUGUCUUGUUAUCCAUACCCUGCCAUCUUCUCCUAGAGGCCCCAAUCACCAAGUUAGAUUCUCUUCUCUUUACCGAAAAAAAGAAAGAAAACCAAAACGAAACAAAGCAAGAAAAUGUACUAGUAAAUGUACUCUCUCACAGUCAUCCACAAGUCGAAGCGAAAUGUGAUCGAAUCUUCUUCUGAAGGCACAUAAAAUAUUUUUAUUAAUUAUCCCAAUUCAGAUGGUAGCAAUAUAAGCUCCCGCAAGACAAUAAUACACAUUAAAUCAAACUUUAAAAAAACGCUGAAUAAUUUACUGCACUAUUCAUAAUUUGAAUAUUUUCUGAUUCGAAUUCGCUUGGUUAAAUUGAAAUUUUAAUCAAGAAUGAAUAUUGUAUCUAUGACUAUAAAGAUGCGAAAUUUCUUUUGAAGAUGAUUUUCUGAUUAAGAUUUCGGAUAAGACACAGUAAUUGAUCCUUAAAACUAAUAACUGAGAAAAUAGGUGUUUUUUUUCUUCUUAGUUUUUAGAUAGGAUAAUUGCCUGUUUAAUAAUAUUUUCAAAAUAGAAGAUAACUAUUUGCA